AUGAAGGAGGCUCCUCUAGCUGAGACACCCAGUUCUUCCAAGGAUAUUCAGCAUUCCUUUUUUUCUUCCAGCAAUUCUGUGCAGGGUGCCAGUAGCCAAGAAAAUGAUCAGAUAUGCACAAAACAGUCUGCUGUGGUCCCUGGGAAUGCUCCCCAUAAUGCUCUGGAAGAGAAAGCAGCUUUGCUAGUGGGUUUCAUGCUGCUCGAAUAUCAAAUGAAACAGCCAAUAACGAAAGAAAAUAUGUUGGAAGUUAUCAUGCAAAAGGAUGAGGCACACUUCACCAAGAUCCUUCUGCAGGCCUGCCAGAGCAUGGAGAUGGUAUUUGGCUUACAUGUGAAGGGACUGGAUCCAAUUAACCACUGCUAUGUGAUCUUCAUCGAGCUUGGCCUCACUUAUGAUGCGAUGCAGAGUGAUGAAGGCCACAUGCCCAAGACUGGCUUCUUGAUAUGUCUACUAGUUUUUAUCUUCAUAAAGGGCAACCAUGUCUCUGAAGAGAAGAUCUGGAAAGCACUGAAUCUGACAGGGAGGUAUCCUGGGAAGGAUCACUUUCUGUUUGAGGAUCUCAGGGAGAUCAUCACCAAAGAAUCUGUGAAGGAAAAGUUUGUGGAUUACCAGCCAGUGGCCAACAGCGAUCCUCUGUCGUAUGAAUUCCUGUGA